AUACAUAUUAGACGAAUGAAACAGAAUAAAGGGGAAGGGGUAGGAUCUUGAAAGGAGUGGGAAAUAACGAACGUAACAACGUCUGCGAGAGUCGUGUCGCUACUUCCGAGCAAAUAACGUCUUAUAGGAUACCCUGUAACGAAGAAAUAGUUCUGUCAAGAUGUCAAGGCCAAUCCUUAGCAGGCCGCGUACACGCGUAUAUGGAUGCAACUAUGACAAAGGAGAAUCAUAUUAUAAGCCAAUGGUCGACCACUUGGAUCGAAAAUACAGUUCUCGACCGCUUUUCUCUGAACCAAGAACUUCAUUGGCUGACGAGAUCGCAGCCCGCCGAGGCGACAUCGGCACGCAUGACCUCUCUGGUCCUCGCAACACUUCCUUUGGGCGUGACCUUGACCUUGAAUUAGAUCCUUCCAUUCGCGUCUCCCAAUUGCCACUACCUUCUUUGACUACCGACAACUUGUUCCCCGAAGACGAGGAUAUUGUCUACGACAGCCGUGGCCAGCGCAGUCGACGUCGAUUCGCUGAAAAUUUUGCCAACGAUGUCGUAGCGACGACGCAACAUCUGAAAGCGAAACUGGCCACGUUCGGGUUAGAGGAUGAGGUCGAUGCUGUAUUAAGAAAACCACGACGCCUACGUCAAGGACAGGAUCAAGUUGAUAGUAUUCUCAGUUCAAGGAAAAAUCUACAAGACAUAAAAUCAAUUAGUGAAGAGGCAGAAACUACGUUUAAAAGACGUUCGAAGCUGUUUGACGAAACAGAUCGAUUAGAAGAAAGUAAACCAAUGCUUACGAAAUGGUCGAAAUUAAUUAACGAGGACGAAAGUUCAGUAUCCGCCAAUGCUGCUGCGACAAGGGCUAUGCAAACCAAAGCUCGUUUGAACGACCUUGAGUCUGAAAUGGAAGAACUUGCAGAGAGACAAGCAAAAAGAGAACGCAGGGCAGCUGCUCUCAGGGCAUUAAUCAACGAAAAUAUGUCCGAUACGGAAAAUCUCCAAGAACAAUCUGUUCUUAGCAAGAAAGUUUCCAUUCGUGAACACUCUGAGAAACACGUCCUCUGAACAAGAAUGAAUAUUUAUAACUCAAAUAUGAGAAUAUUCCCUCGUUAUUUACCAUUUACUUUCGAUCAAUUGACUGUCAUUUGUUCCUAAUGAUCCUGCAGAUGUUGUUUGUAUUAUAUGUACUAUUUGAAUAUUCGAUCACUUUUAAUUGACAGUGCAUAGGUGCAACAGAAACAACGAUAUAUUCACAUUACACGAAUAAUACAGAUAUUUGUAUAAAAUUACUUAUGUAGUAGAAAUACAUUGGCAAUAUCAUGGAAAUACAAUUUCAAUCGGAUUAUCGCUUAUUUUAUAUACCCAGGAAUAUAUAACAUAUGCAGAGAGUUUUUGUAUGUAUUAAAAGUCAUGCUACACGCACAUAAUAUAAAUAUACGCAUAUACAUAUGUACGCACGCAUACGAUACCAGCGAGUACACGCAGAUAUACUUAUUACAGCGCACAUAUAUAUUAUUUUACGUACACUAGUUUAUACAGUAUUAUCGAGAAACUAUAUAAUUGUAAAUUUUAUUGGACUUUCGAUUACAAUUCUGUAAUUUUUAUGAAGGCGAAAGAUAAGUUAAGAGUUUCUUCCUAUUUAUUGUCUACUUUAAAAUUAGAAAAUCAUAUUUUUAAUAAAAUAUUAUUGAAUCACUUAUUAGUUAAAAUGAUAUUAAAUGACAUUAGUUAAAAUAGCAGGACGUGAAUCUUUAAAAUUUGAUAUUUUUUUAAUAAUUGUAUAGACAAACACUCAUUUCCUCGUUGUCGUUGUUUUUUAAAUAUUAAGUACUAAUUGUUUGUUUUUCUUGAUAUGAGAAUGCAUUUUUCAAAUAGAGCAAACAGUAAAUAUUAAAAUUUAUCAAUGGAAAAGCAAAAAUAUACUUUCGACUAAUACAUAGUAUCUAAUCAAAGUUAGCAAAUAGUAACUUAUGUAUGUAAUAUGUUCAAUACCUUGUUGAAUAAUCAACAUUUCGUUUUCACAAAUUUUACGUAAAAUAAAACCGUAUAGUACUUAUAUAUAUAAAAUUAAGCGAAGAACUUGUUUUAUUUCUACUCUUUCUUUUAUAGUCAAGAGUCAAAUCACAACAUAGUGUGCCAGAAAAAAACAUUGUCCUAUCGUUACUAUAUGUAUUUCUGUUAAUCUCUCUUAUUUGUAAAUAAAUUUCACUGUUCCAAUGUAUCCUGAA